AUGGAACAAGCAGAACGGGAUAGUGGGUGGUACUAUGCAACACUGCCAACUGGCAUGUUCGGAUUCUUGCUCAUGGCUCUAAUCAUCAUCACCUCGCUUCCAGCCCUACGACGCAAGAGCUACAACGCAUUCUACUACGUGCAUGUGAUCUCGAGUCUCUGGAUCUUCAUUGCGCUCAGCGUGCAUGCCAGCACCGACUUUUACUUUCUUCUUCCCGGCCUUGUGCUGUGGAUUGUUGAUUGGGGUUGGAGGCUUUUCCGAGGCACGGGUGGCGGGUUGGGCAAGAAGGUUGUCGGCACACUAGAGAAUGCUGGAGAAGGAUGGUACAGAAUUUGCCUACCCGCAUCGUCGAAGACUCUUGAUGAAUCAGGCUGUGCUGAAAAGGAAGCGGCAACGCCGCAUCCGGUGCAGUCGUACAGUCUGGUUUUCCCAGAAAUCAGCAAGAUACAGAACCACGCCUUCACAGCUUCCAAGGUCGGUGUUGGUGCAGAAGGACCGACCUUCCUCUUCCAGCGGGCUCAAGGAAAGAUGCCCAAGAAGCUGGAGAAGGAGUGGACUUGGAAAGUCGGCGCAUUAGUACCGGACGUUGGGAGCCGAAAGGAAGUCGAGGUGAGGGUUGAAGGCCCCUACUACCCAAGCGAUGUUGGCUUCGCAUACGCCUCCAAAGUUAUCUGCAUCGUGGGUGGCACAGGACUCACUGGGGCGUACAGUAUCACGUUGUGGUGGCUGAAAAAUCGUGCACGAGAAUCACAAGCAGAGCUCCACCUGGUAUGGACAGUGCGACAUAACGAUACGACCAACGUCAGGGAAUGGAGAGAACUCAAGGGUUGGGUUUCUUCUGUUCCCAACAUGACGCUUAGGGCCCAUGUCAGCUCCGAGUCCGGCCGCAUAGAUACUCAAGAGCUCAUGCGCGAAGUGCUCUCGGCCGGCUCGACAGGUACGACACUUCCGGACAAGAGUCAUAAAGCCUGGGUAUAUAUAUCAGGCCCCGAAAGCCUCUUGAAUUCAACGGAAAUUGCAUGUUUAGCAACAAGAAGGAAAGUUAGGACUUGUUCGAGGCAACAGGGCUCGCAAUCAUGGCUUGUGGCGGACCUGGAAUGGUACUCGGCUAAAUGGGAGGUGUAA